CCCAUUCACUCUCCUUCUACUUCCGAGUCACCCACAAACAAAACAAGUCUUGUCCGAAAUCAUCUCUUCGACCCUUUGAUUCAGAUUUCAUCCAUGGGUUCGUGUAGUCAAUAAGGUUUUUUCCCUCUCGAAAAACCCAUCAAGCAAAACAGUUUCUUGAUUUGAUUCGAUUUCACCAGAAUCCGAAAAUGUCGACUCUGAACCCUUUUGAUCUCUUGGGAGGUGACGCUGAGGAUCCAAGCCAGAUUGUUGUGUCUUUGCCGAAGAAGGUUGAGAAAGCAGCUCCUGUGCAGCCUGCUAAGCUUCAGACCAAGCAGCCUCCUACUUCUCAAGCUGUAAGGGAGUCAAGGAAUGCUCCUUCAGGAGGUCGUGGUGGUGGUGGUGCUGGACGUGGACCUCCUCGUGGUUCAUUUAAUCCCGGAGGAGAUAGACCUCAUGAUCUAAAGGAUGGAGAAAGGACUGGUGGAUUCCGUGGUUACCGCGAAAGUGGUGGUCGUGGAGGUCCCCGUGGUGGAUAUGCCAAUGGUAAAACAGGUGAUGUGGACCGCCCAAAGAGGGCCUUUGAGCGCCGUAGUGGGACUGGUCGUGGUAAUGACCUGAAACGUGAGGGUGGUGGUCGUGGAAACUGGGGUACCCCUGAAGAUGAUAUUCCACCACCAACGGAGGAAGCCACAACAGAGGUUGAGAAGAGCCUUGUUGCUGAGAAAGAAGGCGGUGAGGAGGACACCACCGAUGCAAAGAAAGAGGCUCCUGCUGAUGAGGAGAAGGAAAAAGAACCUGAAGACAAGGAAAUGACAUUGGAAGAGUAUGAGAAAAUUCUGGAGGAGAAGAAGAAAGCUCUGCAAGCUACAAAGGUUGAGGAAAGGAAAGUUGACACCAAAGUGUUUGAGUCUAUGCAACAGCUCUCUAACAAGAAGACCAACAAUGAGGAAAUUUUCAUCAAGCUGGGAUCAGACAAAGACAAACGCAAAGAUGCUGCUGAGAAAGAAGAGAAGGCUAAGAAGUCGCUGAGCAUUAACGAGUUUUUGAAACCGGCUGAUGGAGAGAGAUACAACCCAAGAGGUGGAUACCGUGGAAGAGGUCGUGGACAAAGAGAUGGAGGUGGUCGCAAUGGUGGUCGUGGACAGGGAGAAGAAAAAGUCAACAGAGGAGCUCCUGCUCCGGCGAUUGGAGACAGUGCUCAGUUCCCAUCGUUGGGCAAGUGAAGAGCCCCUCUCUUGGUCCUUCAGCAUCUAUCUAUCUCUACUCUCUUUAGUUUAAUUUUUGUUCUUAAUUUUAUCAUUUUUGUUACACUUUUUCUACUACAAAACAAGUUCGAGUGCUUUUUAAGUUAUGAUGAAAAAACAAAUUAUAAACUUUGAUCUGACAAAUGUUUAUAUUCGUUUGCCG